AUGCCGCCCCCAGGAAGCCCUCCGCAAUCCAAUGCCGGACAAGAUAUUACAGAAACAGGGGAACCAUAUUACAGUAACGAAGAUGUCGCUAUACUGCAUGAUAUCGUCGUCCUCGCGCAGGAGCUGUUUCCUAAACUCCCUGAGCGCGAAAGACUGCCGACGAACGCGUUGUUCAGCGCGUAUUAUGAUAUACUCCCCAGGAUUGGGAUCAAUGCAGACCAUGAUAGCCGAUACGCACGAGUGCUGUUCAAAAUUGGUGGUUUGCGGGGUCAAGGGACGCUGUACGAGAAAUUCGAAGACACUUUAUCGAGAAUGGGAAUUGAGAUUGAAUUUGAACACGAGGAUUACGAGGAGCAGUAUAGCCAGCUCGACGACUCCCAAUACAGCCUUGAGAUUGCAACAGCAGACGAACUACCGCCACAGGAUGAGAACGAAGACCCACGCCGUCGUCCGAGGCGCAACUCCGAAAGCUCGGCUUGGGAUGGUGGAAACGAUCUCCAACCACAGCCUAGAAAGAGACGUAACUCUGCCUAUUCUGUUGCGAAGGUUAGCCAGGCCAAUGUUCAAAAAAAUGCUUUACAGGAAGCUCGAUCGCCCCAUCAGCAACUUCCACUACGAACAGCGAAUUUUCAAAACCAGAAGGAGGAUGACCCAAAAAAUAACGUUGGAACCUGGCUGAAGUCACGACCAGAUAAACCAAGAAGGGGUCGAAAUAGGUCUAUCUCAACUCAUGGUAGCAUGAGAAUUCGUCGACGAUCACCGUCUGUGGCAAGACGACGCCCUCGUCAAUCAGCAACAGAUCCUUCAGUUCCCGCAUCAGACGACUUUUGUGCUCCGAGUGAAAUCACAGCAGUCACAUCCAGAUUUGGAGAUGACACAACGUCAGACUUGGCAAUCCCGGCUCGGAGAUAUCCCUCCGAUCAGGACGCAGAUGGCUUAAUGCAGAUUAAGGCGUCGCUAAUCUUUCAACAUAACCGGGGCUCCUUAGCCAAACGUCACUUACGGCACUGGAGGGACAGAGCUUUGCAGCUUCGGGAAAAUAAUAAUUUCCUUGAUUCUGUAGCCAGAAGUCAUGACAGAAAGGCACUGCUUCAAUCGGCACUUGACUCAUGGCGCCUUCUUUCACUCCAAAAGCGCCAGACUGCCGAGACAGAGCGAUUCUUUGCUCACAUCGAGCGACGCGCUGCUAGGGCAAGAGAUCUAUAUCUUUUGCAUGUAGCGUUCACGCACUGGUCGACAUAUGCCAACGAGCAAGUUCAACGCACAGCCUUGGCGCGGAGGCAUAUUGUCAGGACGCGAAUAUUCAAUGCUUGGCGGGACAUCACGGCUGUGAAUGAACUCAAAGUUCGACGACAGGUACUUAAGAAGUUCUUCUCUCUGUGGAAGUACCGACAAGCAGUCGCCUCAGGGAAUGAGAAUCUUGCUGUACAGAAGUACGAAGCAAAUCUAGCUGAGAAGAUUUGCAAACAGUGGAUCCAGAAGCUCUGGACUGUCAAAGCCGUUGAAUGGUGGGCUGAAAGUACAAAACGUCAGACCCUUUUCCGGUGGAUCGUUGUAUCCCACCGAAGUUGGGAAGCCCAUCGCAAUGCGGAGGACGAAAGAAGGCUUAAGCUGACCUGGCGUGCCUGGCGGACCUGGAGGACUAAAAUCGAAACUCGGGUUCAACAAACCCAAGAAGCAGAGCAGUAUCGCCGCCACCACAUGCGCCUUGUCCCAUUGAGAAAAUGGCGUCAUGAAACACGGAUCAUACCUGCAACAAUCACAGUGCAGACUGAAGUGUCAUUAAGGUUACUGCGCGAAACUUUCGAAACUUGGUUGAAUCACACCCGCCAGGAGAGGAGAGCAUCCGCGAUAGACCGCAUGAAGAUCAUUGAAGAAGCACUCACGAAUUGGAAAUAUAAGUCCCGAACCAGCAUGGUUCGAAGUCUCAUUGAGAAGAAUUCAAAAACAACUACUCUUUUUAAAUGGAUAGUUGCACAACGAUGUUCCGAAAGGCGGCGAAAGAUUGAUGCGGAGCUACUAAAUGGGUGUUUCCACAUCUGGAUUCAAAAGAUGCGGCUUGUGCGAGCGAAGACGUGUUAUUACGAGACUGCGGCCCAGUCGUUCAUUCUUCAGAGGACCCAAGCUAUUGUUUUCGGCCAUUGGUACUCCCAAAUGGAUGCUCGACAGCAGCUUGAAGGCGCAGCCACAAAUUUUCGAACUCCACGGGUCCUAGGAAGGGUGGUAUCUAGAUGGUUGGAGCAGAGUCGACAUCUCCGACAACUAGAAAACUGGGCACGAGAUGCCAAAUUUUAUUUUCUUGCCACCAAAGCUGUGAAUCGAUGGAGAGCUUCUGCAGAGGCUUCGAAGCGAGAAAAGCGCAAAGCAGCCUACACCCAAGUUCGCCGAACGGCUAAGAUCAAUCUAGCAAGAGGAGUCCUCCAAAAUUGGUUGGACAAAGCAAAGCACGCCAUUGACCUCGAAGCUCGGGCACGAGAAAUGAGCCAGAACCGGAUCAUCAUAAUUGGGAUGGACACUUUUGACCGUUGGCGAGCCCGCACGGAAGAGUUAGCUGAAUUGGAAUCACUUUGGCGGGGAAAACUGUUGAAGAAACAUUUAACCGUCUGGAGAGCUCGUUCCAAUGCGUUACGAGAAUAUAACAGCGAAGCAAUCUUGACAUACCAAGACCGCCGCCAGAGUCGGACUAUCAAGAAAUGGAGUCUUCUCAGCCUCCAGCUACGGGCUCAGACGAACUACGCCGCAGACAUUUACGAGAAAAAUGCAAAGAGGACUUUCAGGAAAAUGUUCACGUAUUGGCGUCAGAAAGCAGCCCAACAACGACCUAAGAAAGAGGUCAAAGUGCCUCAGUCAGUCAUUGCUUCCGGCCAGCUGGGACACACAGCAAGAGCAGAGACGUGGUCGGAAUUUGGAGACGACCUUCAGAUUGACGAGUGGACGAAGGGAGUAGACGAGGCCGCAGUCUCAACACCCAUUCCUGGCUAUCUAAGUACCCCAUCCAAGAGGACAGAGAGAGUGAUGGCCGUGGCUGCGAAGUUCUCAACGACUCCAAAAGCGCCCCUUUCUACACCCUUCGAGCGGCAAUUGCGAGCCCAGUGGUCUGGCGGACUUCUGCCACCGCUUCGAAAAGAUCGUGGGAAAAGCAACCUAAGUAUGGGAGGGGGUUUUGAGGAUAUUGUGGAGAGGAAGUUCAAUAAUGACUUGGAAUAG